AUGGCCGCCAUGGGUCUUAUCAACCGCCUCUCCUUGAGCGGUCUCAUUGAUCCUAUAGCCGGUACAUGCUUCAUGGGCUCCUUGAUAGAUCUCGGUUUCGGCAGAGACGGCACUUCACGUUGUCGUUAUGGACUGGACUGCCUCCUUGUCGAGCUUUUCGCCGCUGUCACUGACGGACGUAUCCCAGAUUGUUCACUACGUUCUCCCACCAAUCAACGAUCUCCUAUGCUCGAAUCUAUCUUAACCAGAUUCUCUGGCUUCGCACCUCCUCCUCCUCCCGUCUUUGCGACCUCUGCGAAAGGUAAAGGCAAAGGCAAAGGUUCCGUGGUCAAACUCUAUUCUACCUCCUCUCCUACUACCGAAUCUGCUACUAAAUCCGAUAUCAAACAACAAUGA